AUGGACAGCGAAGUCGAGAAAGCUGCUGAGAAGCCCUCGGGUAUCUCGUCGUCCGUCUCAACCCCCCAGACGCCGCAGACCACCGCCGACGAUGAUGCUGCCACUCAGGCAAAAGUCCGCCCUGAGCGAACCGCGAACUUUGGAGAUUAUAUGCGCGUGUUUAGCUACGCAACGAAGUGGGACUUGGUCGCAUAUGUCGCCGGACUCCUUGCCUCCAUCGGCGCCGGCGUCACUUUGCCGUUGAUGAAUGUCGUGUUCGGCCAAUUCACUGGCGAAUUCUCCGAUUACUUCCUAGAAAACAGCACCACGACCAAGGCCGAGUUCCAAAAGACUAUUGAUAAGUUUGCACUCUACAUGUUUUUCUUGUUCCUCGCUCGAUUUGCCCUCAACUACGUCAACAAAUUGGUUUUCCGCAUGAUUGGCAUUAGACUCUCGUCCGCUGUUCGAUUGCACUACAUCAAGUGUUUGUUUGGUCAGAGCAUCCAUGUUCUCGAUUCGAUGCCUCCUGGAUAUGCCACGGCCACCAUCACCGCAACGGCCAAUGUCCUACAACUUGGAAUCUCGGAAAAACUGGGUAUUUUUGUCGAGUUUAAUGCCACAAUCAUUGCUGCAAUCAUCGUGGCUUUCACUUGGAACUGGGCUCUCACCCUCGUCACUGGCUCCGUCAUCUUAUUUCUCGUUCUUGUGAUCGGAGCUAUUCUUCCAUUCAUCAUCAAGGCAAACGCCCGGGCUAAUGCGGUUGCGAGUGAGGCACUGGCCAGCAUCAGAAUGGUGGCUGCAUGUGGCGCCGAGUCUCGCAUCGCCAAAAAGUACGCCAACUUCGUCGAGGAGACUGCGAAACACGGUCGGCUUCUCUCCCCACUCAUUGGUACCCAGCUUGGUCUAAUUUUCUUUGGACUGUACUCGAGCUUUGGCCUUGCCUUCUGGUAUGGCACAAAGUCAUAUCUUGAGGGUAGAGUUGACAACGUUGGAGAAAUCCUGGUUUAUAGGGUGUUGCUCUCUGUCAUGAUGAUGGUGAUUUCUAUCGAACGCACCUCUACCCCACUACUAGCCGUGGGGAAAGCAACAGUUGCUGCUUGCGAGUUUUUUAUUGUUAUCGAUGCGCCCCAGCCGGACAAAGGCCACCUGAAAGACCCUGACGUUUCGGCCGAGGAAGAUAUUGUUUUCGAGGGUGUCACGUUUGCGUACCCAGGCCGGCCCCACGUUAAAGUCCUGGAUGAUCUGGACCUGCGCAUCGAGUCAGGCAAGAUCAAUGCUGUGGUCGGUCCGUCUGGCUCAGGAAAAAGUACGAUUGUCGGCCUUAUCCAAAAAUGGUACUCGCUACAAGAUCAACAUAUCCUAGCUAAAGCAACGGAAAAAGAGAAGGACAAGGGGAAAAAGAAGAAGGCGAAGACGCAGGAGGAUGACACCCAAGCGGAACCCGAACCUGAGGAGACUGGCCCCCCCGUUGAGUUACGCGGCAGUAUUUCUACCGCUGGCCAAGCUUUGGACAAGAUCGACGUCAAAUGGUGGAGAUCCCAAAUCGGCCUUGUCCAGCAAGAACCAUUCCUUUUUAAUGAUAGCAUCUACCGGAAUGUUGUCUACGGCCUGAUUGGAUCGCAAUGGGCGGAUGAAUCCGACGAAAAGAAAAGGGAGCUUGUCAAGGAGGCUUGCAAGGAAGCAUUCGCUGACGAAUUCAUCGACAAGUUGCCUGAGGGUUAUGAUACCAUCGUCGGCGACAGUGGUGCCAAGCUCUCCGGUGGCCAGCGCCAACGCAUCGCCAUCGCCCGAUCCAUUGUGAGAAAACCCAAGAUCCUUAUUCUCGACGAAGCAACGAGUGCCAUCGAUGUCCGUGGCGAGCGAAUUGUCCAGGCUGCCCUGGAUAGAGUGGCAAAAAACCGCACUACGAUUACUAUUGCUCAUCGCCUGUCGACCAUCAAGAAGGCCGAUCGCAUCCUCGUCUUGAAGAAGGGAAAGGUUGUAGAAUCCGGAAACCACAACAGUCUCAUUGCGAUGGAAGGAGGCGUGUAUUCUGCCCUCGUCCAUGCGCAAGCACUGUCCCUCGGGGAGCCUACCGAGGCGAGCCACGAGGAUGAGAGUGACGAGAAGCCCGAGUUGAUGCCCAUCAAGAGCAUCGCAGCGUCUGAAGGCGAAAACAUCACUGAGAAAGCGGGUUCAAAGCAAAAAAACAUGUUCGCCAGUUUCGGGCGAUUCUUCUACGAGUCCAAGAACGUCUGGGCUCUCUUUGUCUUCACCCUCAUUGCAGGAGCUUGCGUUGGUGCCGGAGUGCCGCUCCAAGCGUGGCUAUUUGGAAAGGUGAUUGUUGCCUUCCAGUACACUGGCGAAAAGAUGCGCAAGGAAGGCAACUUCUGGUCCCUGAUGUGGGUGAUGCUGGGCGUUGGCGUUGGCGUCUCAUACUUCUCUGUCAUCUUCAUUGCAACCAGGAUGUCGACCAUAAUCCGCGCCAAAUAUCAGCAGCAGUACUUCGACACCGUCAUGUUUCAAAAGACGUCGUUCUUUGACGACGAGGAUCAUUCUCAUGGCACCAUGACAUCCCGAGUUGCACAAGACCCAAAACAGCUGGAGGAGCUUAUGGGCAUAAACAUGGCGAGCGUCUUCAUUGCCCUUUUUAACCUCACUGGAGCAAUUUCCAUUGCCUUUGCCUUUGCCUGGAAACUUGCCCUUGUUUCCUGCUGCGUCAUUUUGCCCAUCAUGCUCUCCACCACCUACUGGCGUUUCAAGUAUGAGCUGAGCUUUGAGAAGAUGAACAAUGAGGUCUUUGCAGAGAGCUCCAAGUUUGCGUCUGAGUCGAUCGGUGCCUUUAGGACGGUGACUGCUCUGACGCUGGAAGACUCCAUUUGCGACCGCUACGAGAAGCUGCUGAAGGAGCACGUCGUCACGGCCUACAAGAAGGCCAGAUGGGUGAGCCUCAUAUUCGGCUUCUCCGACAGUGCUAGCAUGGCUUGUCAGGCCUUGAACUUUUACUACGGCGGUCGUCUCCUCGCAAGCAAGGAUAUCAGUCUAAUAAGCUUCUUUGUCUGCUUCAUGGCCAUUACCCAAGGCAGCGAGGCAGCGGGACAAGCUCUGGGCUUUGGCCCGAACGCCGCACAGGUUACGGCUGCGGCCAACCGAAUUCUCAACAUGAGAGAAUCACAAGUGAAAGACCGUGCCUCGAAAACCCAAGAGAUUCCCGACGUUGAUGGCGGCGUCAAGCUUGAGUUGAAAAACAUUCACUUCAAGUAUCCCACUCGCAGCACACCUGUGUUCAAGGGUCUGAAUCUUACUAUCGAGAAAGGCCAGUUUGCUGCUCUUGUCGGUGCUUCGGGUUGUGGAAAGACAUCCAUUGUUUCUUUGCUUGAGAGGUUUUACGACCUUGACAAGGGUCAAAUUCUUUGUAACGGCAAGGACGCAACCGACGUCAAUUUGUUUGAAUACCGCAAGUAUCUCUCCCUGGUUGCCCAGGAGGCUACACUUUUCCAAGGCACCCUUCGAGAGAACAUCCUUCUCGGCGUCGACCCAACCGUUGUCACCGACGAAGAACUCCACCAGGCCUGCCGCGACGCCUCGAUUCACGAAUUCAUCGUCUCCCUACCGGAAGGCUACAACACAAACAUCGGUUCCCGCGGCGUCUCGCUGUCGGGCGGUCAGAAGCAGCGCAUCGCUAUUGCCCGUGCACUGAUCAGACAGCCCAAGAUCCUCCUCCUCGAUGAAGCUACGAGCUCUCUUGACUCGGAGAGCGAGAAGCUCGUGCAGGCCGCCUUUGAGCGAGCCAGCAAGGGUCGGACCAUGGUGGUGGUUGCGCACCGAUUGGCAACGGUGCAGAACGCAGAUGUCAUCUUUGUCCUUGGCGAAGGGCAGUUGCUAGAGCAGGGCAGCCACGCUGAGUUGCUGAAGAAGAGGGGUGUAUAUUGGCACAUGUGUCAGAGCCAAGCUCUGGAUCGGUAA